AUGGUGCGUAUGACUCAGGCGGCUGAUGUUGUGACGGGAAUGAGCGUUUCCCCCGGGAAGGACCAGCUGGUUGUGUUUCACACCAAGGACAGCAGGGAUCUGGUGGUGUGCUUGCAGGGAAUGGUGCCUGCCAAUGAGAGCCGCAUCGGGGAGCUGGUUGGCACCCUGCUUAGCCACUUCAAGAGUGAGAAGAGGAAGCUGCAGGUGAACAUCACAAGUCCCAUCCAGUGCAGCAUGAACGGCAGGAAGUGCACGGUCAUCGUCGAGCCCAAGAUCAACCAAUCGCAACCCGACUUCACCAAGAGCCGAUCCGGUUACAUCCUGGCUGUUCCUGGAAACUAAAACAGGGGGGCCACUAAGUAGAAAAAAGAGAAACAGUGACAGCAGAUUUCACACCAUACCAGGAUGACGACGACGACGACGAUGAUGAUGAUGAUGAUGAUGAUGAUGAUGAUGAUUCACCUCGUGUGUGUUUUUUUUGUUUGUUUUUUAUUCUUUUUGUUGCAGAGCUGCUGAUAAUGUGACAAUGCAGAUAGCAGCUCUGUAGGAGGAUUCGGGUAAUUGAAUCCUCAAAGAAGCAGAAAGCAGCCAUGCCAAAUUUACCCUGUUUUAUAAAUCUCUAUGCAUUGUUAGUAUACACAGGAAGUGUAUAAAAAAAACGCCUACAUGCAAAAAAAAAAAAAUGCUUUUAUAAAAACGCAGGUUUAAAUGCACUACA